AUGGCAUUUAGAAAUGAUUUUCGUAUAGUGCAAAAUAAGAGUAAAGCAGCUGCUUGGCUUGUAUCAAAUUGUAACGGCAGAAGCGGAAGGGAUGAAAUUGUCAAGCAUCUACAAAAACAUUUACGACGAUAUGAAUUAACCGUAGAUAUAUAUGGAUAUUGUGGUCCCUACAAAUGUCCUAGAGAACUUAUGUAUAGCUGCCUCAACAUGUUAGGACAGAAAUAUUAUUUUUAUUUAUCUUUUGAGAACUCUUUCGCAGAAGAUUAUGUGACUGAGAAACUUUUAACAGCUCUAAAUCAUAACAUGAUACCUAUUGUGUACGGUGGUGCAGAUUAUUCAAGGUUUUUACCUCCGAACACGUACUUGGAUGCUUUGCAGAUGAAACCUCAAGAAUUGGCCAACACCAUAGCGCAGUUAAUAACUACACCAGAGCAGUACGGUCAGUAUUUCUGGUGGAAGUCUCAGUACACAUACGCACACCCGCAGACUAUGGACACCGUGUGCGCAGUGUGUGCCGCGCUUAAUAACAAAACCAUGAUGGAGACAAGAACGGUUUACGAUGAUUUUAGAAUCUGGUGGAACCCCAGUUAUAGAAAACGAUGUAAUUCUUCGUGA